AUGUUUUACGCCGGGGUUGAUUUCAAAACCAGAGGACAAGCGGUGGCUGAUAGCACAGAUCCACACCUGACACUUCGACGCAACACAGUUGACCUUCCUACCGCUUUCAAACGUGAGGCUUUCCUCAAAAAGAAGACUUGGAAACCUAUGAUCUCGAAAGGUGCCCGAAUAUAUCGGCUCACAGACGAGCUACAGUCUGGCCAACAAUUGGUCUCAACCCUGCUUCGAGGGUGGCCCACAGAUCUUCCCAUCCUUGUGAAUGAUUAUCGUCAUGCUCGCUCGAAGUUCGGAGAAGCAAUGAGAAAGGAAGUGAAGCGAAGAAUAGAACAAGAAGCCAUGACGGCAACUCUGAAGAGGAUGGAAGCCAAAGUGGAGGCUCUACAAAAUUUGGCAAGUCCAAGUCUUAAAUCGCACGCUGGUCAGGUUAUUGUUGAUAUCAUGCCCUGGGCACUGAGCGCUGCCCUUUGGAACUAUGUUGUUCCUUCAUUUGGACAAUGGGGAUUCUACUGGUUUUUUGGUGGCUCAAGCUAA